GUGUGCUUGCUUGUCUUGACAGCAUCGGUUGCGGUAUUCGUCCGUCUGUUCGUUCGUUCAGCCAGUUGAGUGGUGCGUUUCAAACAGGAUUUGAAAUUCUUGUAAGGUGGAAACGUUCUGAAAUAAGUGUUUUUAUCAAACUAGACUGUGAAAACUUGAUAGUGGAAAACAGCGCCUAACUGUGCGAGUGUGUGUCGUUUUUUGGGUGUUCUACAGUCCCACAGUGCCUUUGAAGUCAGUGAGCCAAAGUGAGUGUGUGUGCCGAUUUGAAACCGAACGAGUGAGUGCACUCCUGAAAAAGGGAUAAAAAUUCCUAAAGUGUGAUCUUGUGACUCGUAAAACGCAGUGCGCGCAGAGUUCAAAUCCAGUUCUCCGCGUGUGGACCGUGGGCAAGAUCCGGAGAGUGAAACGAAUCCGAACGGCAUAAAUUAGCAUCGAAGCCGAGAGCCGAAUCAGUCGCAGUCAACCAAGAGCCAAGUUCUGCGCGUUUUCAAGAUCCUCACAUCCUCCUAGGAGCAUUUAACAGAAUACAGAUAUGGCAAAUUUGAUCACAGUUCGUCUGCAGCGAAACGAAGGCCAACCGUGGGGAUUCCGUCUCCAGGGUGGCAAGGAUUUCUCCUCGCCGCUGGUGCUGCAACGGGUAAAUGGUGGAAGCGUAGCCGAUCAGGCUGGUCUCAUGGCAGGUGAUGCCUUGGUCAAGGUCAACGCCACCGACGUAUUCAAUCUGCGUCACAAGGAAGCACAGGAUGUCAUCAUGUCAGCGGGAAAUUCCUUCGAGCUCUCAAUUUCCAGAGGCACAGCCUGGAGACCAUCGGUCACUCCAACCGGAUCGAUCCCAUCGCCUUCGCCAUCUCUGCCCGGAAACAUCACUCCGGUGACGAAGACCUCGCUGGCUGCGACUCCACAGCCAGUUCAGCACAUCGGUAGCGGACACAACCAGGCUGCCAAGCCUUUCCCACAGCAACUGCAAGCACAACAGCAGCAACCGGAGCAGACCAACGGAGAAGAAGGACCCAUCAAGAGCAUCGUCAACAAUCAGUACAACACCCCGGUUGCCAUCUACAGUGACGAAACGAUCGCCGAAACGCUGUCCUCUCAGGCUGAGGUCCUCGCUGGAGGCGUUCUAGGAGUCAACUUCAAGAAGAACGAGCGCGUCUACUCGCCGGCCAACUCCGAGGUGUACAAGAUGCUGCACGAGCAGGGCGACGAUCCGGAACCAGUCAAUCCAAUGAAUUCAACGGAAUCAGCCCAUCACCACCAUCACCAACAACAAAAACACCACCACCACCAGCAGCAGCAACAACAACAUCAUCAUCAACAGCAGCAGGUUCAACAGCAUCACCACCAGCAACAACAACAACAGCAGCAUCAACAACAACAACUACAACAACAACAGACCAACGCCGCCGUCACAAAGCACGUCAGUGCCCCGAUCGACAAACCACUAUCGGCUACCAACGGUCUUCCGGCUGGUCAGAACAUUUGCUCCGCUUGUGAUCGUCUCAUUGUUGGCGUGUUCGUGCGCAUCAAGGACAAGAACCUCCACUCCGAUUGCUUCAAGUGCGCCACCUGUGGAUCGUCGCUCAAGAACCAGGGAUAUUUCAACCUGAACGACAAGUUGUACUGCGACAUCCACGCCCGGUUGGCGGCUCUCCAGAGCCCACCACCCGGCACCAACGGAAUGGUCCCGAUCACGAUCACCAAACCUGGACAAAAGUCUGGAGUCCAAGCCAUCUCAGCUGCCCUCAACGCUCAUGCCAAUCUGAACGGUCGCUCCCAGUCGCCCUAUGCCACCAACCACCCACCGCCCCCACCAAUACCGACAGCGACCACGACGAUCACAUUCAACAACGGCGGCAGUGGCAGCAGCAGCAGCGGUAUCGGAAGUAGCAACACCAGUAGCACUCAGUCUCCGUCACACUCCCGAUCGAGCAGUACGACAUCGUCGAGCGGCUACUGCAACUCGAGUUCCCUCUCGCCGGUCCAAUCGAACAAAGUGUCCCCGCUGCAUUCACGCACCAGCAGUGAAAACGAACUGAUCCUCGACCCUCCGACUAAACCGUACAGUGUGCAGUGUGAUUUCAGUUAUCUACCACCGCCGCCACCCUCACUAUUGACAGGGCUAUCGUUGUCCUCUCCAGCAGGCAGAAUGGAGAAUCCGGAAGUAGUAGAACAACCUCCAGUUGAGGCAGCCGCCGAUCCGGCUUCGUUCGGUCCAAAUGGGCUGGCCGUAGCCCAGGACAGCGCUGCCGAUUCAACGGAUGCUGUUACGCAAAACGAAUAUGGAUUCAUCUACAAAACCAUGGGAGGUGCCGUCAUACGUAGUGUGUUCCCACCUGGAAGUAGCGGCCAUUAUCAGAACCAGAGCAACAUCAUGCCGAAACCAUUCGGCGCUCCUCUGCCGGUCAGCUCACACCUGUCCCAGGUUCAACCACCAGCAUCCUACCCACCUGUGGCCGGUAGCGUACCGACUCCGUUCGCCGCCGCUUGUCCGGCUCCCACUCAGGCUCCGGCCUUAGCUCAACAGCCGUCGGUCUACCCACCGGUGGCCGCUCCGGCUCCGGCUCCCGUUGCCGCCGCCCCCGCUGCUGUGCCAACUCAACAAGGCGACGAAGAGGAGCAGGAGGACGACGAAGAAGAACAGGUACAAAAAACAGCCGAAUCUCCCGUCCCUGUGUUUACCUGGCCUCCGAAGCGCGCCAUCGACGAAUUUAUUCCUCUCGCUACCCCUAUUUAUAUCCCGGUUCCGGAAACGCAGAAAGUGGUCGUGAAACCUCCGGAAAGACCAAGAGAGAAAAGCAAAAGCAAUUCUCCACCGGAAAUCCAACAGCAACAACAACAACCAGAAGAAGAUAAACAGUUUUCGAAGAGCGUUCAGAGCAAAUCCGCUCCAGAGUUGAGCAGAAAGCGAAGUGAUGCCCAACAACAACAACAACAACAACACCUACAGCAGCAGGAGGAAGAGAGUUACGAGACUUACACGGCGACGACCACAUCGACUUCGGCGUCGUCCGAAGAGUACCAAAUGUAUUCGACCCAGACGUCCCAACCGAUAGUCACGUUCUACGACACACCGAUUCUGGAGAUGGAUUAUCCAUUCUCGUCCGGUCAACGUAGUGCCCAGGCAAGUACCGGUGCCAUGUCGGAUGCUUCAUACACUCAUUUCGUAUUUCGUGAUGUUCCACCGGAGGUGGAAUCGGUUGAGCCCUCGGUCGAACCAUCCAUCGAACCGGAACGUGCAAAAUCUCCGGAAGUGGUUAAGCCGCAGAAGCGGGUAGAAUUUGUCGAUUACAGAAAAGAGCUGGAUCGCUUCCUAAGGGCAGAGCAAGCGGCCAGCGAGGCUGCCGAGCGACGAAAACAGAUGGAGCUUGAAGAAGUUACCGAAGAGUUCACGAUACCACACUACGAACUACCCGUCAUCAAAUCUCCCAAUCCAAUGGGUCCCAAACCGAUCGUUCCCAAUCCCGUGCCCAAACAAUGGCAGAGUAAACUGGUUCAGGCUUUGUGCACUGCACCCAAAGAUCCCAUUCGCUUGACCGCAGAACAAAUCGAGGAAGCGAACUUCAUGAAGUCCCGCAACGAAGCUUACGUUCGUGAGCAACAGGAAACCAAGAUCAGGCAGUUGGAAGCCCUAAGGAGGCAGGUUGAUGCCCUAGAACGUCGUUUGGACAAGAAAAAGCCUGAACCAGAACCUGAACCCGAACCAUUUCCUCCUCUUGACAUUCCUCGAAAAGGCUCCGUGAUGGCCAGGGUGCUAGCCUCAUCCACCACCAAAGCCGAACGAUUCCCCAAAUAUCUGCCGGCACCGUUUGUCCCACUUCCCGACGAUACCACUCCGUAUUUCCCACCACCUCACUCGAUGGAACCGAUCCGAAGUGAGAAAAUCUCAUCCAUACGCGCGUCACCCUUCCUGGAAGCCUUAAUUACAGCUCCUUAUACUCCGUUUCAGAAAUUUGGCACUGAAAUACCUUCGCAAAUGGAAAACAUGCCAGUGCCAUCUGGUCGCAUAUCGAUGACCGAUGCGCUGGUAACCGCCCCACAACGGCCCUAUACACCGUUCACCGAAGUCAAGUUUGAGCGAUCCGAAAUGUAUCAGGAGUUGCUUAAGGAGCAACCCUCGGUCCAGGUCGAUCCAGAACUAAACUUCUCGGCGUUUGCCAGCGUCGGUGGAAAUCGAACUCCAAUGCCGUUCAAGCCGAUCAUACCAGAAAUACGAGAGCCCUGCGAGCAGCCACCAGAACCGGAACAAUCAGCACCUGAACCGGAACCGGAACCAGAACCAGAACCAGAACCCGAACCAAAGGUAGAGGAGAAGAAACCUAAGAAGAAACUACCUCCAUAUCCGAGAAAGGACGCCGGAUCCGACCACUAUUCGUUAGCUCCUCGGCGUGAAACCAAAUCUCCCCUGCAUCAGCCGGCGGAAAUCCCGAACUACCAGCGCAAGUGGUACAACCUACCGACGCAAAAUCCACCGCAUACACCAGAUCCAGAGGAACUUCGCCAAAACGUCCCGUUGGCAUUUGUAGAUACUCAUUCAAAAUCCCAUCUCACAAAGCCUAUCGCGCAAUCUGUAAAUACUGUAAAUAUUAGAGAUCAAGUAACGUUGAAGAAGGCACAACCGUUCACAACCAUUCAAAAUCGUACCAUCCCAGUCAUACAGACCCCGCUGGAGGAAGAUGCCGAGUUGGCACAGUAUAACCAGUUUAGCAAUGCUCACAGUCGUCUGCAAGCAAAGGGUGUUAUCGAUCGCGGUCAGUCCUUUACUCCUUCGCUGAUCUUGACCAAACAUCCGACGACUAUUCCCUACUACCAGCAUCAGCUAGGUUUCGAGGAAUACUAUGCCGAGUCGAAAGAAUUCGAUGGACGUCGUACGCCUCAGCCGGUUAGGAAAUCUCCUGCCUUUGGGCCACCACCGAACCCACUGAAGGGGCAUGUUCCACCGCCUCGCGACGACAUCCCGAAUGAAUCGGGACUCUAUCUUUCAAUGGGUAAGCUAACAGGUGUUCCUUGGUACGCACAUAAAGCUCAUGUUCCGGCAGAUAUCCAGCAAAAGAUCAUCCAGCAACAGCAUGGAAUGGGCCCAGGAUUCGAUGCGUCUCGGCAUCACAAGACCGUCAGCUACCAGGAUACGCCGAUGACCGUACAAACUCAACAACAUGGUGACAUGACCGUUCAGACCCGUUCGCAGGAGAGUGCCAUGAGAGAGCAGGCAUCAUCCGAAAGAACAAUCAACACUGCAAGCCAGGUAGGAAAUGCUUUAAUUCAGAAGCGCACUAGAAUCGUAGAAGAGCACGAGCAUUCGCAAACGGCCAAGGCAGUAGAAAUUUCAAAGUUUUCUUCCAAAAUUAAGGAAGAGGAAGUACCCCAUAAGGGUUACGUUGCCCAGCAGACCAGACGAUUCUCCGGACAGGACGAAGCGCUGAACAUCCCUCCUCAACUUCAACAGCAAGAAUAUUCAGCACCCCAGCAGCCCGAACCUCAACCACAGGUUAUGCAAUCCUUCCCCUCGCAGAUGUCCCAACCAGCUCCUAGUUCCUUCCCCUCACAGAUGUCCCAGCCAGCUCCUAGUGCUUUCCCAUCUACAGCCAUCUUCACGGAACCAAUUGUAGAUCGCUUCCCAACCAAGAGUUCACGCAAGGCGAGUGUUCUACUUCCUCCGAACGCUCAACAACGUUCGCCAACACCAACCAGUGGUUUCAAAGCUCAGUUCAACGAGUACAUGAUUGGCACUGGAUCACUGGGAACGCAGCGCGAAGAGCCCGAAAAAGAACUAACACAAUCGUGGCCACCGCAGCUACCAUCUUUCAUGUCUAACACUAACCCAACCGCCAACGUGAGGCUCCCACAACCUGCAGCUCCACCGGCACCAGCAGUCCCUCUAGCUGUCUCCAAUGGACGCAGGCCUUCCAAUAACAGCAUCACAGGCUUCAGUAACAACAACAACAACAACAGCAACAGUAAUAUUAUGAGCUGUCAAAACAAUAAUACUGAUCGAUCUGAUGCUAGCGCAGGUUCUGGUUUGUACAACAAGGGACGGGCUGCCUGUCAGACCACCGCUCCAACCCGUGGUCGCGGUGUCAUGAACCAGGCAGUUGCUCCCGGUGGCCGUGUUCCACUGUGUGGCUGCUGCAAUCAGCAAAUCAGAGGUCCAUUCAUCACCGCUCUCGGACGCAUCUGGUGCCCGGAUCACUUCAUCUGCCACAACGCCAACUGCAAACGCCCGCUGGCCGACAUCGGGUUCGUCGAGGAGAAGGGCGAUCUGUACUGCGAGUACUGCUUCGAGGAGUUCCUGGCCCCCCUCUGCAGCAAGUGCAACACCAGAGUCAAGGGUGAUUGCCUGAACGCCAUCGGCAAGCAGUUCCAUCCGGAGUGCUUCAAGUGUGCCUACUGCGGAAAGCAGUUCGGAAAUAGCCCAUUCUUCCUGGAGGAAGGCGAUCCCUACUGUGAAGCCGACUGGAACGAACUGUUCACCACCAAGUGCUUCGCCUGCGGAUUCCCCGUCGAAGCCGGCGACAAGUGGGUGGAGGCCAUGAACAACAACUACCACAGUCAGUGCUUCAAUUGCACCAGUUGCAAGAAGAACCUCGAGGGACAGAGUUUCUUCGCGAAAGGCGGUCGCCCGUUCUGCAAGGCCCAUGCUCGCUAAAAAAAGAAAAGAAACUCGGUUAUUUGGGGGAGCUAAGAAUUUUACACAAAGGGUCAACUUUCUAUUAAGUUUUUCUGUUGCACAUAACUACUAUUUUAUCUACUUUUAACGCUCUUCACGCAGACCAGAAGGACAGCAAUUUUGCAAGGAGUUUGUAAUUAAUCAUUAACCAAUUUGAAGCCAAAAAAUUUACACAAAAACAAACAAAAACACUCUUACACGUUCAUGGUUCUACUAUUGGUAACCGUUACGAAAAGUCCUAAUAGCUAUGUUCAUCAUUCAUCGCAAUACAAAAAAAAAGAAUCAUUUUUGAUCAAAAAAACAAUCAUCAUUUUGCAAAACCCGACUAACAGCCACGCUUUCGAGUGUCGUCGUAUGGAAAUCAUUGACUAAUGAUGCAACAAGUGUGUGGUGCGCGAAUGAGAUGACAAGAGACACGAAAAAAGGAGAGAAAGAUAGAGAGAGGGAUACACUCGCCGAAAGCUCGUAAUAAGGUCGUAAAUUUCCUACUCACACACACAUGAGUGCACAACGUAACAGCCCUGCGCAUCUUGACCGCCUAUAGGAAAACUAAAAGAGCUUACGAUACAUGGCGCUGCCAGCAGCUGCGAGAAAGCUUGUGAGCACGUGUGAAAUGUGUCACCGAAAGUUCGAAAAAAGUGUGCUUUUUAAAGGGAAAUGUUUACACCGUGCGGAAACAUUUCAAGCUAUAGGUUUUUCUUUUUAGUCAUUGAAGAAAAUCUGUUUAGGUUGUUGAGGGAGUUGAGUUGCAGGCGAAAAUGUACUUUAGGCGUAUGACGGACGACAGCAGAUACAUUUAGUUACACUUUUUUUUCCUGUUGUUUCAAUUGAUUUAGCUGAAAAAGAAGAAAAUAUUUAGCACGGAAAGUUUGUUACUUUAGAAAAUGGAAAGAAAAAGAGAUGAGAAGGAAAUUAUUUACAUUAGACAUUAGAUGAAAAUGAAAAUCGCAGUCUCGCUAAAUGAUUCUUGGUUAAACCGCUAAGCAGAGAGAAAAAUAAAUCAUAUGUCCAAAAAAAAAAAAAAUUGUGUGUGAUAAGAUAUAAGGAAAAAUACUUUUUAUUUAAACACUAUUUAAGUUGAGAAAAAUCGCUGAUGAAGCAACAAGUGUAGGUAAUCAUUGAUAGAGGGCAAAGAGGAUAGACCGCAUGCAGCAGCAGAGCAAUUAUUUAAAUCAAAACAUUAAGCUGGCAAUGCAGCGAGACAAUGUAGGAUGCUUUAUUUUACACAUCAGAUUACAAUGCUAUUGACUAUUUCAAGAAGAAGAA